AUGCACAAUGUCAACGUCGCAGCGGUACCCUACUCCCCUCCCAAGUCCACUCGUGACUCUGCUGCCAGCCAUCACUCGUCUCCCGGAAGCACACGUACAAGUCGGCCUUCGUCGCAACAGCGUAGAUCUGAGCAGUCGAAUGGCAUCCCACAAAUCGUCACCCCUCCUCGCCGUUCAUCCUCCCGCCCUUCUUCCUCAUACAAUGACGACGCCUCAACUCCCCGUACGCAUGCUAGUCCACGGACAUCAUCACCUCGGCCAACCUCACAAGCACUCUUGACGCCAGAGACAACCCCUCUGACUCCUCCAAAACCUUCAGCAUCACCCAAGUCCCGUUCCAAGUCACCUGUAAGCUCUCCAGAAAGUCAUCGUUCUUUUGCUCCAUCGGAGGGGGAAGAUGCAGAGUCAUUCCACGUUCGGAGUACAUAUGCACAAUUGGAUAUGACGGGUGUGAAAGGCGAUGGGUAUGAGGAGGGCGUAGAGAGGACACGGGCGAGGAUAGGAAUGAGUAGGACGAGUGAGCUCAGAGCAGAAGCUGCCCUGGCAGACGAGAAUGAGAAAGCACGAGAGUUAACUCCCAAGGAAGUCGAGACCCUUGCAAGUCUGGACCGUUAUGGCUUCUUCUCCAUACCUUCACACGACCGUCUGAUUCUCUUACCUGCCUCACCACUACAGAAACCAUUCACCCGCCUAUCGUCCGUUUCCACGGGUGGACCUGCACAGGCCGCCUCCCUCACGUCCGUCCCACCACCUCGCACUCCUGCGAAAGAACUCUCGCGGAUAGCCAAAUGGAACCGGAUGCUCGAGCCGCUGAAACGCGACGUCGGUGCAAACGUGGAGCUCUGGACAGUGCGGCACAACAAGGAGCACAAACUGCGCGAGCGCACCUACAAGGGCGUCCCCGAUCGUUGGAGGGCAGCGGCAUGGGAGCUCUUCACCGCGAGGUACUCGAAGACCGGUAAGCGGGAGAUGGAGAAGUGGGCAGAGGAGUAUCGGGAGAACUUGGACAAAGCUUCGAGUUACGACGUGCAGAUCGACCUGGAUGUGCCGCGGACGAUUAGCGGACAUAUCAUGUUCCGUACGCGGUAUGGUUCGGGUCAACGAUCACUAUUUCACGUGCUUCAUUCCUUUUCGCUUCGAUGCGAGGAUUGCGGGUAUUGCCAAGGAAUGGGUCCCAUAGCAGCGACUCUCCUGUGUUAUUUCGAUCCGGAGCGAGCGUACUCGUGCCUCGUGCGGCUACACGACGCCUAUGCGAUGCACGCAAUCUUCCAGCCAGGUUUCCCUGGAUUGUUAGAAGCCAUCUAUGUGCAGGAGCGUAUCAUGCAGCAGAUGAUGCCGGGCGUGUAUGAGGCGUUCAAGAAGCAUAUGAUCUCCACGACGAGUUAUGCUACGAAGUGGUACAUCACCUUGUUCGCAAACUCUGUUCCGUUCCAGACGCAGCUUCGGUUGUGGGACGUCUUCUUGCUUGAGGGAUAUGAUAUCUUCGUUGUCGUCGCUAUCUCAAUAGUCUGGGUUUAUAGAGAUCACAUCACGUCGAGCUCGGCCAGUUUCGAGACUGUGUUAUCACUGUUGUCGUCGUUCUUUGUUCCGGAGGACGACGAUGCCCUUCUCUCCUGGAUAGGCAAGGUCCUGGACGACAAGAAGCUCCGGGCCAACAUGCAACAGUGGCGUCAGGAGUGGAAGCAGCUUGUCGCCACCGGCCAGGACAGUACCGCUCUGUUAUAG